UCUUUAACGCUUCUCUCCGCACCUCAUAGAGAAAUGUUUACAGUUAGUUUUAGGCUAUCUUCUGGGAGAGAUUGUUUCCUUCUGGACUAGUUCUUGUUUUAUAUUCGUUACUUUCGAGGAAAUGUCCGCUCAAAAACUAGAAAUUACUUGGAUCAUCAAAAAAUCAGGUUUUCGAUUGAAGUUAUGUUGGAUCCGUUCACUGGCAGUGAUUUAAACAAGAAUGCAGAAACCAGUAGCCGUCAAUUUGGACGAUAAAGAAAUAUCUGGAAUUCAAAAUGAUCCUGUUGUACAUGAGCUAUUUGAAGACGCCAUUGAAGUUCUGCGUCUUGUAGGGGCCGAUGGGAAAUUCACUGUUAAGAGUCCAAGCUCAGGAAAGUGUCACCAAAGCACUCAACAAGGCAAGGGGAAGAAUCAACCACACUCGAGUCGUAGAAAACCUGUAAAGAAACUGGCAGAAAUAACAAAAGCAAAGAGAAGGAAACUGGAGAGAAUAAAGGCUCCAGUGACAAUCUUAAGAAAAACAAAGCAACUUGAAAACAAAGUGUCAUCAGAAGAGCAAGAGAUUUCUGUCCAAAAGAUGUUGAGUUAUGCAAACCAGAUGCCACCUCAAGAAAAUUUCCAACCUCUACCCCUUCCCCUUGUAUCAUUUGGAUUGGAUGGAAUGAAUGAAGAUGGGAGUGUCAUCUCUAAUAAUCCAAUUUUCACAGAGGGUAUCACUCAAGACUACACAUAUUUAUCCAAUGAAAAGGAUGUUGCCCUGUGGAAGACAUUGAUGGCCUCCCCUAACAACUGUAAUAUUUUUGUGGGAGGCCUGCACCAUGGUGUCACAACAGAAGCUCUGCACGCUUCUUUUGAGGCAUUCUGUUUGCAAGAAGAAGAUGAAAAGCAGAUGAAGGCACAUGUGGUGAUGGAUGUCAGUAGAAACCUGUCAAAAGGUUAUGGAUUUGUAACAUUACCUUGCAGAAGAUCUGCCGAACUGGCCAUGAUAUGUAUGCAGGAAUUUGAAAUUUAUGGCCAUUGUAUGCAGUUAGGUUGGGGCCAAGGAAAAAGGAAUGGAGUGUUGUCCAAUACUGAAGAUUCCUUAGGAACCAAAACAGGCUUAAAACAGUGUGAAAAGGAGUCUUUGAUCAGGACGCUCACAAGAACAAAAGGGAACAUUGUUUUUGAUAAAGUGUUUACAGAAAGGGAGGACCUUCUACCAAAGACACCAUAUAAGAGAGAUUGCUCAAGGUGGGAUCAAGAAACACCGAGAAAGUCUCAGAAAUUUGAGAGAUUCGAUUAUGCAGAGGGAGAUCCUAUACAGCAAGGAAACAAAAAACACUCCUACAGGAUGAGGUUUUCAGAAAUUCGGAACCCUUUGUCACUCCACUCCAAACAGUUUGACUCAGAAUCCGUUUCAUUACAAGGAGAUCAAGUUAACUACGAAGAUGGUUUGAUACAAAAUGAGUCUAACCUAACACAAACGGAGACCAGAAUUGCAGCUCUGCGCAGACAAUCAGAGAUCAGUCAUGGCAUAUGUACGGGUGUUAUUGCGAGUGGAGAUGAAGCUAUUUCAAAUAAUUGUUCAGUUGAAAUUAGUUUGGAUGUAAAUAACGAAACACCUUUGACUUUGCCUGGAAUCAGACAAAAUCCAACUUACAGAAAAAGUCUUCUGGAAAACCAUAAAGAAAUCGACGAUACAGGGAAGGAUAUACGUAGAGAAUAUGAGGUUACAUGUGAAAAGACGAGGUUUAACACCGAUGGACAUAAAAAAAGUGUCAUUCAAUGGCUCACUCACAACCAAAAAGUUGCACUGUUAAAAUCGGCUUGUUCAAAGCUUCGCAGUUGUGGCGUCCGAGGUCACCUUGGAGUAUUCGGUGUUCAUUACGAAACGGAUAACAGUCGUGUGUACGUAGUUUGCGCUAAACACGUGACCGAAGGACAACUACUCAAUGAAUUCAAAGCGUUUGGAACUGCGGAGGUUAAACUUGUUGCUGAUGUCAACGGAUUUUCCAAGGGUUGUGCCUUUAUUCAGUACACAGAUAGCGCAUGUGCAGAAAGAGCCAUAAAACAGAUGCAUGGAAAGGUUGUGGGAGGUAUGCCAAUGAAAGUAAUGGUGGCUGAACCUAAACUUCCCAAAGGAUCACAAAGGAAGAGCUUAUUGGUGUGACUUUGGACUCUUAGCCAUUGCACAUCGGCAAUCCUCUGAUUUCAAAUCCUUUUCUGAUGUACUUGCUAUUCACUAGAAGGGUCUAUUUCACAGAGGAGUAUUGUAACCGUUUUUAAUAGAUACAGUCUGUGUUGAAGGAGAUCUCCCCUUUAAGCUAAAGUAGUUUAAUGCUAGCCCUUAAACUCCCACGAGUGACCAAGACAGAAUUUCUCCUUACAAUAUCAAGCAGACAAGUGAUGAGAAUAAAGAAAAACAUCAGUUAGGGAUUAUUAGUUAAUCCAAUACCAAAUUUUCUGACAAAUUGUAAGAACUGUAUGGGAGAGUAAGAGGAAUUAAUGAGAUCUUGGUGAUGACAGCUACGCGUAAUUAAACAAAAAUCAAGUAAAGAAAACACUCAAGAAUAGCAAUAAAGGAACCAUAACAUGCAUGAGGGGUUUUCUGAUGGAAAAAGUAUUUGGAAUGUAUAUAUUUGUGAAUUCUUUUUUUUUUUUUUUUUUAAGAAACACAAUGUAAAAAUGUACAAAGCUUUGUAAAAAAAACAAAAGAGGUUUAAUUUUACAAAAGAUGCCUAGCAAUGUCAUAGGAUUCUAUACAAGCAACAUUUUAAGUAUUCAAGUUAUUCAGUAUAACAAGCCCAUUGGCUAUAUGAAUCUUAAAAACUAUAAUUUUUCCAUCACAAACAGUAGCUUUGAGGUGAUUUGAAUGAAAAGGUAUUAAGAGAAAACACUUUUUAGGUCUACAAAGUUAAAUAAAUACAACAAACACAAUGACAAUCCGUUGGGAACCCUUCAUUGGGCUGUGUCAUUUUAAAAUACAUAUGUACAGUGUGAUAUCCAUGAACACUUUGAAGAUCUCUAAAUAAAUCUGCAAGGUUCA